CAACUGCUUUGUGUAAUGGACGACAUACUCGAGCAACCUAGUUCUGAAGCUCCUCCACCAAAAUUCGACGACAAUCCCGAUGAACAGUCAUCUGAAGACGAGGAUGAAGGCCUCGACUGGACCAAGUUGAAGACAGGAAUUUCUCGCCCCGUCAUCCCCAAGCGCGGUGAAAAAGAACAUGAACCUGCUGCCGGUGGUGAGAGUGGAUUACAGCAACAUAUUCUGCAACGGUCACGAAAUGCGAUGUUUGAUGCGUUGAGAGCGACCCGGACGAUCUCCAGCAAGACAGUAAGCUAUGGGAUUUGGCAUCCAUCCCUGGUGCGUGUCUCUGUACAUGUUGCCCGAGGAACCCACUUUUCAAGUAUGGGUCAUUCUGCGUCACGUCCGGUGAAGGGCAAAGAAAGGCCUACAAAACGUACAGAGUUACUCCCAGAAGAGGCUAUUUAUCUGAUUGAGCGGGGAUCCCUUUUCUGCUGGAAGGAGAUUGACAUUGACCUGUCUGGAAUGGAAGACGUUUCUGGAGCCCCAAUGAGUGUGCAACAGGCAUACGCUGAAAUGAUUGGGACAGAGGAUGUUACCCUGGAGAAAUAUCAGGUUUACUCCUACCUCAGGCGACUGGGAUACGUCGUCACUAGGACCGUACCACCUACGUCAGAAUAUCCGGCGGCAGCACCUUUUUUGAAGAUGGGCCAACUUGGACAGCCAAGAUGUUCUAUUUUUGAGCGAAUCCGGUCAGCUUUCUCUAGCUGGAUACUCAAACUCUUCACAUCUACCUUCAACUGGUGGAAACCUCUGGGUAUAAGCCGUUGGCUCUAUCAUGACAAAAAUUAUGAACAUAUCUUUCGUUCUCUAAGAUUCAUGCCGGCAGGACAUCAGCUACCGUUACGCCAAACAAAGGAGGAUAGUUCUCCUUACAAACCAUUCUACAACCUUUACAAGCCACCUACGCCAUUCAAGAAAACAUUACCUCCGCCUCCCGAUUUUCAGAUCGUCGUGAUCAACACCCGAACAACGUCCAUGCCUUCCCUUCAAGAAUUGACUGAUCUCUUCGAUAUAUCGCCUGAAUUGCCCAUACCUUUGCCAAAAAGGUCACCUCCACCUCGUCCAGCACCUACCCCUCUCUCCUGGUGGCGAGCGGUUCUGCCCUUCCUACGUCGCGACCUGGGACCACCUGCGCGCCGACCGAAUCCCUUUGCCGCGCUUAGGGCAGGGAAGAAAACCGUAAUCGUCGCUGCAGUGGAUUCAGGAAACAUAAGUUUCUUUCGAUUCAUGCAGGGCGCAUUUAUGGACUGGCCAAUGGCGUAGCAUGACACUCGGUAAAAGGAUGUAUUGCGUAUCUUGUAGAGCACUAACUCAGCUGUAUCCCUCUAACAUGAAUGCGAGACUGACUUUAUAAAGAC